UCCGGCACAGGGUCCCGGCAUGGCGUGGGCCGGGAGGCCGGCGGGCAGGGCCGAGAGCCAGCGGGAGCAGGACCUGCGCGCGCUCAUCCGGCGCGUCACCGGCCUGCGGGACGAGGCGGACCCCAACUUCCAGCUGGCCCUGAACUUCGCCUGGUCCAACGUGAGAUUUCAUCGUUUCUUGGAUGUCAACAGCCACAAAAUAGAAAAGACAAUAGAAGGAAUUUAUGAAAAAUUCAUCAUUCAUUCUGAUCUCAGCAAAGCUGCCAGUUGGAAGAGGUUAACUGAGGAAUUUCUAAAUGCAUCACUGCCCAGCGUAGAGAAGAUAAAGACAGAUGCGCACUAUUCCAUUCUGUCACUCCUUCUGUGUCUUUCUGAUUCUCCUUCAAACAGCAGUUACGUGGAAACACCGAGAGAUAAAGAAGUGGAAAAAGAAGAUGAUUUUGACUGGGGAAAAUACUUGAUGGAAGGUGAAGAAAUUGACCUUGGUCCAGACACAGACACACCCAACUGGUCUGAAGACAGUGAAGAGGAAGAUGUGCAGCAGCCCCUGAGCAGGGAGGACUCUGGGAUCCAGGUGGACAGGACUCCCCUGGAAGAGCAGGACGCGAGCAGAAAGCUGGCGCUGCACGUCAGCUGGAAAGUAGAAGAGCCCAGUAGCCGCAGCUGGCUGGAGCAGCACGUGGUCCGUCUGUACUGGACGUCCAGGUCCUCGCGGAGUCCACAUAGUUUGCAUUUGCACUCUAACCUGGCUGCUGUCUGGGACCAGCACCUGUACAGCAGCGACCCGCUGUAUGUUCCAGAAGACAGAGUGGUUGUCACUGAGACCCAGGUCAUUCGGGAGACUCUGUGGUUACUUUCAGGGGUAAAAAAGCUCUUUGUAUUUCAGCUGAUAGAUGGGAAGGUGACUGUGAGAAACAAUAUUAUCGUAACUCAUUUGACACAUAGCUGCUUACGGUCUGUGCUGGAACAAAUAGCAGCCUACGGCCAGGUCGUGUUCCGGCUCCAGGAGUUUAUCGACGAGGUCACGGGCCACAGCUCUGAAAGCCCGUUACCCAGCAGCGGCUCCCCGCCCAAGAAGUCAGCGGAGGCUCCCUUCAGAACCUACCAGGCUUUCAUGUGGGCCCUGUACAAGUAUUUCAUUAGCUUUAAGGAAGAGCUGGCCGAGAUCGAGAAGUGCAUCAUCAGUAACGAUACCACAGUCACUCUCGCAAUAGUGGUGGACAAGUUGUCGCCUCGAUUGGCUCAGCUCAGCGUUUUGAACAAAGUGUUCAGCACUGGAGUCGCCGAGGUUCCGCCGGGUACUCGGAAUGUCGUGCGGGCGUCUCACCUGCUCAACACCCUGUACAAGGCCAUUCUUGAGUAUGACAACGUGGGAGAAGCCUCUGAGCAAACUGUCUCGCUCCUCUUCUCCCUCUGGGUGGAGACGGUCCGGCCCUACCUGCAGACCGUGGACGAGUGGAUCGCGCACGGGCAUCUCUGGGACAGCGCCAAGGAGUUCAUCAUACAGAGGAAUAAAAACGUCCCGGUGAACCACAGAGACUUCUGGUACGCGACCUACACGCUGUACAGCGUGUCCGAGCGGACUGAGAGCGAGGAGAGGCUGAGCGACAGCACCAGCGCCAGCUCGGGCAGCGAGCAGGCCUUGGGCGGCGGCAGGCAACACACCAUGGUGUCCUUCCUCAAGCCCGUGCUCAAGCAGAUCAUCAUGGCCGGCAAGUCCAUGCAGCUGCUGCAGAACUUGCGCUGCGCCCGCCGCGCCGGGAGCCCCGGGGCCGCCCCAGAUGCAGAAAGAAAAAGCCUGUACACCCUCUUUCUGGAGUCAGUCCAGUCACGCCUGCGAUGUGGGGAAGAUUCUACUCCACAGGUCCUCUCUGACCAGCAGGCGACCAGGGAGAGCCUGAUCAAGAUGCAGACCAUCGCAGAGCGGCAUCUGGAACUGGACGACGUUCAUGACCCCCUGCUGGCCAUUAACUUUGCAAGAUUGUAUUUGGAGCAAAGUGACUUUCAUGAGAAGUUUGCUGGUGGCGACAUAUGUAUGGAUAGAUCAUCAGAAUCUGUGACAUGCCAGACUUUUGAGCUAACGCUGAGGUCUUGCCUCUAUCCACAUAUUGAGAAGCAGUAUCUAGACUGCUGUGGAAAUCUCAUGCAAACCCUAAAAAGAGAUUACAGGUUGGUGGAGUACUUGCAGGCCAUGAGGAAUUUCUUCCUCAUGGAAGGCGGGGACACCAUGUAUGACUUCUACACAUCAAUUUUUGACAAGAUAAGAGAAAAGGAACCCUGGCAGAAUGUGUCUUUUCUCAACGUCCAGCUCCAAGAGGCCGUCGGACAGCGUUACCCUGAAGAUGGUUCACGGUUAUCCAUAUCUUUUGAAAAUGUCGACACGGCUAAGAAGAAACUGCCUGUUCAUGUCUUAGAUGGCCUGACCCUGAGCUACAAGGUGCCCUGGCCUGUGGACAUUGUUAUAAGUUUGGAAUGUCAAAAAAUUUAUAACCAAGUGUUCCUUCUCCUUUUGCAAAUAAAAUGGGCAAAAUACAGUCUGGAUGUCUUACUCUUUGGUGAACUGGCUAACACGGCUGAAAAAGCCGAGCCUAAAAGAGGCCUUGUGUGUGAACAGGACCUGAGUGCUCAGCUCGGAUCCCAGAAGGCCCCAGCCAGACAGCAGAUCCAUCGCAUGUUCCUCCUCCGCGUGAAGCUCAUGCACUUCGUGAACAGUUUGCACAACUACAUCAUGACGCGGAUUCUCCACAGUACUGGGCUAGAGUUUCAGCAUCAAGUGGAGGAAGCCAAGGACUUGGAUCAGUUGAUUAAAAUUCACUAUCGGUACUUGUCCACCAUUCACGACCGAUGUCUGCUGAGGGAAAAGGUCAGCUUUGUGAAGGAAGCCAUCAUGAAGGUGUUGAACCUGGCCCUCAUGUUUGCAGAAGGAUGGCAGGCAGGCCUGGGCACUUGGCAAAUGGAGUCUAUAGAGAAAAUGGAGUCCGAUUUUAAGAAUUGCCACAUGUUUCUUGUAACUAUUUUAAACAAAGCUGUCUGCAGAGGAUCUUUUCCCCAUUUGGAAUCUCUGGCUCUGUCACUGAUGGCUGGCAUGGAACAGAAUUAAGUGUCUGCAGUGUACACACCUGAAAUGCCACCCUCAUGCACAGACAUUUCUAGCACACGUAGCUGAGAAGGAGAUGGCUUUUAUUUUGGUUCAUCUUCAGAGACAGUAGCUGGGUGUGGUGACUCAGGCCUGUGAUUCUAGCACUUAGCCGCCUGAGGCAGGAGGGUCAUCACGAGUGGGAGGCCAGCCUGGGUGACAGUGAGCAGAGCAGACCAGAGCUGCACAGGGAAACCAUGUCUCAAGUUUCUGUUUCCUCUGGAAAGAGGUGUGUAAAUAAGAUUGUGUACAUAAUGCCAGUGUAUAAAGGCUGUUUACUCUUGCAUUUUCUGUUGUAAGCUAUAGAUUUAUAACAUUGGUACCUUUAAAAAUUAUAUACCUUUUAAGAAUAUAAUUAUCAAUAUUAAAUGUAAGUUAAUACUUUUUUGUUUUGUUUUGUUUUUUUGAGACAGGGUCUCACUUUGUAAUGUCACAUUACUGUGUAAUGUUACUGGCCUUGGAUGCACUAUGUAGCCCAGGCUGGCCUCAGGCUCACAGUGAUCCUCCUGCCUCAGCCUCCCAAAUGCUGGGAUAACAGGUGUGGCCUCCAGGACUAGCAAGUUAAUGCUCUUAAAAUUCUUUUUAUUCUUCUGUUUCUGCUGCACCUUGAUCACAGGACUUUUUUUUAUGUAGAGUUUUGUACUUCAUCUUCCCUAAAAGUUGUUUCAGAUUUGACCUGGAAGUGUUUAUAUUUUUAUGUCAGGGGACAUUCCCAAAAUGGAAAAUACCACACCGUGCAAUGUAUAUAGCCAAGUAUGCUCAGUGCAAAGUACUAUUGUUCAGCAUUUCUGAGAAACUUCUGUGAGCUAACCAGUUAUGUCUCAUAAUAAAUUAUGUUUACCAUUCA